ACCAAACGCAAACUAUUCAGGGUAUAAACACGACAGGUCAUAUUUACAGAUAUGUUAUCUGUAAAACAGAAAACUUGUCCAUAUCUUAAGAGAAGUUAUUUAUAAUACAUUUUCUCAUUUUAAUCGUUUAUAAAAUGGGAACAGGUACCAGUAAGUUUAGUGGUGAUACUCUUGACAUAAAGUUUGUAGGGCGUGAUGACGAAUUGAAAAGCGUAGAACUAUUACUGAAUCAACAGAAAACAGUAGGAAUACACGGGAUGAAAAGAAUUGGAAAAUCAAGAUUUCUUACUGAACUAUAUCGGAGUGAGCGCGAUUCCGGAACUCUGUGUAUUUUUAAAGAUUUUGAAAUGGAUAAUACCUUAUCACCAUGCCAACUUUAUAAAUGGUUCCGUGAUAUGUUUACUCUAUCUGGCUGUCAUGAGGGAUUAGCUGACUUCAUCAGUAAAUUUUCCGGUGAAAGGAUUGCUUGUGGUGCGUGUACAAAUUGUCUUCAAGGAAAGCUGUGUCUCCAUAGGAGAGAAUACAUAAACCAAGCGAUAAACUGCCUAACAGAAAACCUACACUCAUGUAAUAAAAAGAUAAUAAUGUUCUUUGACAAUAUCGAUAAGCUUAUUGAAUCAGAUUUGAAAGAAUCAUUUUCACGUUUAAUCGAUGAUAUCAGCAAAAAUUGUUCAAAUGUAAGCAUUGUAUUUUGUCCAUGCGACAUUAUCAGCGUUCCAAAAUCAUUCGAAAGAAUAUGUCUUGGUCCACUAGAGAAAGUAGAUAUUUUGCAAAUAAUUCAUCUCAUGACUGAAACUCUGAAUGAAUCUGUGGGCGAAUCUACCCAGGGAUGGGAACAUAAAGAAGAUAGUUGCUAUAGUGAACAUGAAACAUCCGCUCAUCUAUUUGAAAAGGAAAAUGAAUAUUUUACUCCAGGGAAUAGAGAAUGUAUGGAAGAAAUAGCGAGCUUGUGUAGCGGUCACCCUGCAGCUGCAAUAUUAGCAAGUUCAUUACUCACAGAAGAUUGUGGGCUUCUAACUCCCGCUGAACUGAUAGAGAUGAUUAAAACGAUAAGAUCAAAAGUGCAUCAUCCUGGUGAUAGUCUAUUAACGGGUAAUACCGGUAAGUAAUAAGCAAUGUGCGUCUUCAGUUAUGACCCAGGAUACUACUAAUUAAAGCUUACUACCUUAAAACGACAAAGAGCGUAAAAUAAAAGUGGUUGUAAAUAGAAAUAUGUCGUUUUUUCCCGACCAAUUGUUCCACUUUCAUUCCAUCUUUUUGAAGAUAACUGAUAUCUUCGGCAUUUGCAAUACUUAAGUCAAUUCAGUCAUGUUAUAUCAGGAAGGACGCAUACUAAUGUUAUACUUUACAUUAUUUAAGGAACAGCUUUGAUCGUUACAAGUGGUUGUCAUUUUGUUUAUUGUUUUUAUGAACAAAUUCAACCAAAUUUGCAAUUUAUAGUUUAU